AUGAUCAUUUCUCCUAUAGGUCUUGACAUGCAUGAUCUGAUGACAGUUAUGAACCCCAAUGAUUUGUGGAGGAAGUACCGGAAAGCGCUGCACUCAUGGCUCAAUAAACAAGGCGUAGUUAAUUUUAGUGAAUCUCAGGAGCUCCAGGCUCGACUUUUACUACAACGUUUCCUCGCGAGCUCCCGGGACACAAGGUCUUCAGAUUUCCUUUCUGCCGAAUUUACAAGGACAAUGGCAGCAACUAUGCUCGACUCAAUAUACGGGUACGGCCGAGAACCUUCUGAUGACUUCGUUAACAACGCCGCUAUUUUUGUUAACCGACUUGCUCUGGCACUUCAGCCUUCUAGGGAGUACUAUUUUCUCGUCAACUUUAUACCGUGGCUUCAAUACGCUCCUGAGUGGCUACCCGGCACCAGCUGGAAAAAGGUUGCACGCGAUUGGAGGGAGCACAAGGAGCGAACGUUCGGUGGCAUCUACAAGUGGACUAAGCAACGUGUGGUUGAUGAGGUAGACGACUACUCUAUCAUUGCUUCUACCUUACGAGAGACCAAAGCGUGGGGAUGGGACGAGAAUAUGGUAGACGAUUUUGGCAAACAACUAGGAAUGGUCCUAUAUAUGGGUGGUACUGAUACGUCGGCCAGCGCCCUUGUCACCUUUGUUCUGGCAAUGAUUUUAUUUCCAGAUACCCAGGCGAAAGCGCAGCAAGAAAUUGACUCUAUUACCGGCAAAAACCGACUCCCAACACUGAAAGACCGAUCCGGAUUACCAUACGUGGAGCGCUUGACAUCUGAGGUGUUGAGGUGGCAGCCUGUUAGUCCACUUGGAGUCCCCCACGUCGCUGCUCGGGAAGAUUCGUAUUGCGGAAAUCGUAUCCCUAAGGACACAAUAGUGUUCGGCAAUUUGUGGGCAAUGAGUCGUGAUGAGCGAAUUUAUGUCGAUCCAGAUAGAUUUAACCCGGAUCGAUAUCUUGACGAUGCAGUCCCUGUUUUGCCCGCGUUUGGCUGGGGAAGCAGGUUAUGCCCUGGAAUACACCUUGCAGAUUCUGCUAUCUUCAUGGCAAUCGCAUCCAUACUUGCCACCUUCAAUAUUUCGGGUACAAUCAAUCCUGAUGGGACCAAGACGAUCCCAAGCACAGAGCCUAGUAGUAACACGCUAGUGUAG